CCCAUGACACAUCCACAUCGAUCAUUCUGGAAAAGUUGGAACAUCUGUUUUCUAGUUUGUUCGAUUUUAUUUGCUGUAAUAACACAUUUGCAUGGUCAUUCAGUGAACGAAAACCUCUUUUUCAGUGUCCUUCUUCCUGAAGAUAUUGCUUUUCUUUACAAGACAAGACCAGCUAAAGACUUCGGGGCAGUUUUUACGCAUAACUUCGAGAGAGUUUACCUCGUUCCUACUGAUCCUGAAGAUGGGUGCGGAGAACUAACAAACAGCCUUUCUAUUGUUGGUGCAUUUGCACUGGUUAAAAGAGGGAGUUGCUCCUUCAUGUCUAAAGCCAUCACAGCAGAGAGAGCUGGGGCUGUAGCGGUGGUCAUCCACGACGACAACGAGAAAAACGACUGGAGUUUUAUUGAUAUGAUAAACGAUAACACAGAUAGAAGUACUUCAAUUAUGCUUGGGAGAGAUGGCCAAAUCAUCAAGCAGUCACUACUUCAGAACGGAAUGGCCGGAGCGGUAAUAUCAUUCCCCGUCAACAUCACUGGCAUUCCCCUUGGUCUUCUCAAGAGGUCCCCAUGGUCCCUCUGGUAGCUUCCAGAUUUCAGCUUUACUCAAUUCUCAAACUCCAAGGAAAUAUAUUAGACGAACAAAUGCAAUGUUUAAUUUUCUGCACCUUGAAUUCUCAAACUCCAAGGAAAUAUAUUAGACGAACAAAUGCAAUGUUUAAUUUUCUGCACCUUGAAUUCUCAAACUCCAAGGAAAUAUAUUAGACGAACAAAUGCAAUGUUUAAUUUUCUGCACCUUGAACACCCAGCAGGGUGGAUACGUACGCAUUACAAUUCUUAUUGUUAUUAAUUAGUUCUAUGAGGGGAAAGACAGAUCAUUGAUAAUGAAAUUGUCAACUUUAAAUUGCUAAUAAUCCACAAGAGAAACUGACUGGGUAAAUUAUUGCUUUUUUGAAAUAUCAUGCGAAUACAUAGCUAUGCUCUGAUAUUCUGGGAUCCUUCCUCAAUUAAAAAAAAAAAUACAACCGGAAAACACAUUCAUUCUCAGCUACUUGGGGAGUAAACAACCUCUAAAGGCUUUUUCAAACGCAAUAUCAACCUCUACCCUUGCAUGUACUCAUUUAUAUUCCUGGGUAAUGAGAAGAAUUAUAAUAAAGUAUCCAACUCAAGGACAUGAGUGUCAUGGUUGGGAUUCGAACCCACACUCCUAACCACAAGAAAUGUGAGUCCAGGGCAGUAGAAUGCUUGGUCAUGGCGCGCUAUAAGGGCAUUGUCACACGAGGCAACCAACUGCAGGCAUCUUGGAGGCAACCAACUGCAGUGCAUGCUACAGGACUACUUU